GCUCUGGGCCUUCCGGACGCCGGGUUCCCCCAUUUUCUUCUGCUGGGUCAGCAAUGGCGGCCGUGAAGACCCUGAAUCCCAAGGCUGAGGUGGCCCGAGCCCAGGCGGCGUUGGCGGUCAACAUCAGCACGGCCCGGGGGCUGCAGGACGUGCUGAGGACCAACUUGGGGCCUAAGGGCACCAUGAAGAUGCUUGUUUCUGGUGCUGGAGACAUCAAGCUCACUAAAGAUGGAAAUGUGCUGCUUCAUGAAAUGCAAAUUCAACACCCAACAGCCUCCUUAAUAGCCAAAGUAGCAACAGCCCAGGAUGACAUAACUGGUGAUGGUACCACUUCCAAUGUCCUAAUUAUUGGAGAGCUCCUGAAGCAGGCGGAUCUCUACAUUUCUGAAGGUCUUCAUCCCAGAAUAAUUACAGAAGGGUUUGAAGCUGCAAAGGAAAAGGCACUUCAGUUUUUGGAACAAGUCAAAGUAAGCAAAGAGAUGGACAGGGAAACACUUAUAGAUGUGGCCAGAACAUCUCUACGUACUAAAGUUCAUGCUGAACUUGCUGAUGUCUUAACAGAGGCUGUAGUGGACUCCAUUUUAGCCAUUAAAAAACAAGAUGAACCUAUUGACCUCUUCAUGGUUGAGAUCAUGAAGAUGAAACAUAAAUCUGAAACCGAUACAAGCUUGAUCAGAGGUCUUGUUUUGGACCAUGGGGCACGGCAUCCUGAUAUGAAAAAGAGAGUAGAAGAUGCGUACAUCCUCACAUGCAACGUGUCAUUAGAAUAUGAAAAAACAGAAGUGAAUUCUGGCUUUUUUUACAAGAGUGCAGAGGAGAGAGAGAAACUAGUGAAAGCUGAAAGAAAAUUCAUUGAAGACAGAGUUAAAAAAAUAAUAGACCUGAAAAAGAAAGUCUGUGGUGAUUCAGAUAAAGGUUUUUUUGUUAUUAAUCAAAAGGGAAUUGACCCCUUUUCCUUAGAUGCUCUUGCAAAAGAAGGCAUAGUAGCUCUGCGCAGAGCUAAAAGGAGAAAUAUGGAAAGGCUGACUCUUGCUUGUGGUGGGGUAGCCCUAAAUUCUCUUGAUGACCUAAAUCCUGAUUGUUUGGGACAUGCAGGACUUGUCUAUGAAUAUACAUUGGGAGAAGAGAAGUUCACCUUCAUUGAGAACUGUAACAAUCCUCGCUCGGUCACAUUAUUGAUCAAAGGACCAAAUAAGCACACACUUACUCAGAUCAAAGAUGCAAUAAGAGAUGGCUUGAGGGCUGUUAAAAAUGCUAUUGAUGAUGGCUGUGUAGUUCCCGGUGCUGGUGCAGUGGAAGUGGCAAUGGCAGAAGCCCUGAUUAAAUACAAGCCCAGUGUAAAGGGCAGGGCCCAACUUGGAGUUCAAGCAUUUGCUGAUGCAUUGCUCAUUAUUCCCAAGGUUCUUGCUCAGAACUCUGGUUUUGACCUUCAGGAAACACUAGUUAAAGUUAAAGCAGAACAUUCAGAAUCAGGUCAACUUGUGGGUGUAGACUUGAACACAGGUGAGCCAAUGGUAGCAGCAGAAGUAGGCGUAUGGGAUAACUACUGUGUAAAGAAACAGCUUCUUCAUUCCUGCACUGUGAUUGCCACCAACAUUCUCCUGGUUGAUGAGAUCAUGAGAGCUGGAAUGUCUUCUCCAAAAGGUUGAAUUGAAGCUUCCCUUGUAUCAUCUGAAUCAUGAAGAUUCUACAGAGUGAUCCUAAGAAUAUAGCUAUGGAAUUUUUGUCCAAGCUUCAAAUGAUUUUCAAAGGAUUUUCUUUUCCCAUAUGAAAAAAGGAGAGAACACUGGCAUCUGUUCAGAUUCUGAAGUUCUGAAAUUAUAAUUACAGUAUUUUUUAAAUUGCACUGUAGUGUACACAUACAGGCCAUACUUACCAAUAAACAGGAUGUUUUGCUUUA